CUUACUGUAUCACGACGGGAUAUAAACAUUGCAUAUUUCCGCUGAUUACACUCAAGGCACUUUUUUCUUUUGGAGGAUCAGUUAAAGAAAGUAGCGAAGUUUGUCCAGUGAAGCAGAGAGGAGAUGACUAUGAACACUGUUCUCCUGCUCUCCAUCCUCUCUCUCACAAGCAGCAGGGCAGAGAAUGCAGAGGAGCGGCUGGUGAACUACCUUUUGGGUCCAGAGCGCUACAACAAACUGAUCCGACCAGCUGUCAAUAAGAGCCAACAGGUCACCAUCUCCAUACAGGUGUCUCUGUCACAGCUCAUCAGUGUAAAUGAGAGAGAACAGAUAAUGACGACCAACUUGUGGCUGUUUCAGGAGUGGAAUGACUACAGACUAAGAUGGGACCCAGAGAAGUACGAAGGCAUUAAGAAACUACGAAUACCAUCCAAACACAUCUGGCUUCCUGAUAUAGUGCUCUACAACAAUGCUGAUGGUGUGUACGAGGUUUCCUUCUAUUGCAAUGCUGUGGUCUCCAACACCGGAGAUAUCUUCUGGCUCCCCCCAGCCAUCUACAAGUCGGCCUGUGCCAUUGAGGUGCAGAACUUCCCUUUCGACCAGCAGAACUGCACUCUGAAGUUCCGCUCCUGGACCUAUGACCACACAGAAGUGGAUCUAAUCCUCACGAGCGACUUUGCCAGCCGAGAUGACUUCACGCCAAGCGGAGAGUGGGACAUAGUCUCGCUCCCAGCGCGCAAAAACGAGGACCCUAAUGACAUCACCUAUCUGGAUAUCACCUAUGAUUUUGUGAUUAAGAGGAAGCCGCUGUUUUACACCAUUAAUCUGAUCAUCCCGUGUGUGCUGAUCACAUCGCUGGCUAUACUGGUGUUCUACCUGCCGUCAGAUUGCGGGGAGAAGAUGACACUGUGCAUCUCAGUGCUGCUGGCGCUCACUGUGUUCCUGCUGCUGAUAUCAAAGAUAGUUCCACCCACCUCUCUCGCAGUACCACUCAUAGGUAAAUACUUGAUGUUUACCAUGGUGCUUGUCACUUUCUCCAUUGUGACCACCGUCUGUGUACUCAAUGUGCAUCACCGCUCCCCAUCCACCCACCACAUGCCCGACUGGGUCAAACGUCUCUUCUUGGUCCGCCUCCCUAACUUCCUCCUCAUGAGGCGUCCAGGCUCUUCCAAUGUCCGCGAUAAACUCCGCAGGAAAUAUGCCAACCGCAGCACUGUCGGGAAAAACAAUUUCCAAAGCAGCACAGACAAGAGGCAAUACUCCAACAUCCGACUUGGUGGGAUCCGAACAGACGCAGACUCUUUCUACGUGAAUGAGGACUUGGCACACAAGUUUUGCUGGAAGGUGGACGACAUCCCAGAUGGGGGUGGUGGGUUUUCAGACUUCCGGAGGCGUUUGGCUGUUCAGUGGGAUGCAGAUGUGGAGGAGGCAGUGGAUGGUGUGAGAUACAUUGCUGAACACAUGAAGACAGAAGAUGACGAUGAAGGGAUCAUAGAGGACUGGAAGUACGUAGCCAUGGUGAUAGACCGUCUGUUCCUGUGGAUCUUCAUCCUGGUGUGUGUGGUGGGAACUCUGGGGCUCUUCAUGCAACCGCUGUUUCAAAGCUACAAUACACCCACCGCUGAUGAUACAGAGUAUGGAGAUUUCUAGGAUUUCUGUGACAUGAAAUAGGAAACAGCCAACUAAUCGUCACUCAUAAACACUAUAACUGUGAAGCUGCACCAGGUCCGGAUCUGAUCUGUCUUUGCUGGCUCGGUGAGAUACAUAACAAGCCUAAUCAGUGCAGCCAGCUUCACCGUUGUGUUUGCAACAGUGGACCUCAAACAAACAGAAAAAUACUGGGACAUUUUUUUUUUUUUUACUGCAUGGCCUCUUUCUGUAACGGACUAUGCCUCCAUCUAACUUUGCCAUCAGCACAGACGUGGCGGUCUUGAUAUACUUUUGAUAACUCAUGUGUCCAACAAGAGGACGGUCCUGGAGCCAAGAUGCCCGUGCAGUGCACAACAUACAAGACAGAUUUAAGCUGUUUUUCCAGUGUAAAGAUCAACCACAAACCACAAGACUGAAAACAAAACUGUUAAUUUGUUGUCUUUGUUUUGAGCUGGCUGUGCUGCUGAUGGAACAGUUGGAGCUCUUUACAGACUCAAUGUGCAAUAGAGGCACAAAGGUUCAUUACACAUAACGACUCCUACAAGGCCAUGAGGUCUGCUCGCCUCUGCAGCACUGUUGACGUGCAAAAUAAGACAUAAAAGACAUUAUAUCAAUUGUUCAUGUUGGCACAAUACAAUGGACCAUAAUUUCUCCUUUCUUGAACCAAGCUUUAUUGUAACAAUGCAAGGACAAUCCGUCCUAUCCACCCUUUCUCUUCAUAAAAAUAUUAAUGCAUCUACUCUCUCGCUCUGUCCUCUUCAUGUUCUGUUUCAGAGCUUUGUGCCUCAUCUCCACCAUCCACCUCCUGAGCAGUGUUGUAAUUGUUAAUGCAUUGUCUUAUUUUGAAGAAUGUGCAUCUCCGCCUCCUUUCUCUUUCUGUCUUUCUCUCACAUUU